AUUUCUUGGUCCGUUUAUGUAACUAUGGAAAGUAUGUUUGGAGGAAAUUGACGGAGAGAGCUGUCAAUUUCAUUUCCUCCCAAUAGUCGUGUGUGCAUGUCAGCGAACGCUCACCGUGGAAAGAUUGCAUUAGAUUCAAGAAAAACUAAAACAUUUCAUAAUUAACAAAUGACAGACUCUGUCGGUGCUAGUGCAACUUCGAACGACGCGAUGACAUCAAACGUAACCCAAAACACUGCAGUUACCGAAUCGGUCGACUAUUCCCUGCAAUCAAAUAUAAUGCCUUUAGUGGUAGUGAAGAUCGAAAAAUGUGAUAUCGAAGAUAUGCCAGCUCCAAAUAUUGAAAUUAAUUCUAUUAAACCGAAGGAGGAAGAAAUAAAGGAGAAAAAAACAUUGGGGGAGUCAUUAAUAAUUUCGCAUGAGGAGGAUUUUGAUAUAAGUAAUUCGAUGGGAGAAAAAGUGCUAAAAAGCAAUCAACAAAACAUCUCAAAGGAAGAUACAUCCAAAGAUACAUCCGCAGAAAUUAAGAACGAAACUGGUGAUAAGACAGAAAAGCCAAAGCAAAACGUUGGUAAUCCUAAAUGUUUAUGGGUUGCCAAUAUUUCUGAUAAGGUUUCAGCUAAAAUUUUAAAAAAACAUUUUAGCGACCAAGGAAACGUAGUCUCCGCAAAAAUUCUUACAAACGGCAAGUCCCUAUUUGGCUAUGUAAUACUGGCUGAUACCGAAUCCGCUGCAAACUGUGCAAGAUUUUUGAACAACACCAUUCUUGAAGGAGAUCGAAUCUCGGUAACUAAAACGAGACCGGAUUGGCCCAAGAAACAACCAUUGGAGCCUGGAAAAAAGUCUAGAGAAAUAAUUAAAACACGAUUGACUAAAACUGAAUCUAAAGAAAGCAAAUGUAGUUUGACAAAAAAACAUACAUCUGAUGAUGAAAAGGGUGACGACCCCUCGAAGGGAGAAAUAGAUUGGCAUGCGGAAUAUCAGAAAUACAAAUUUCAUUAUAUAAAGACACACCGUCGACUAUUAGAAGCUUGUAGAAGGAAUGAAAGUUUGGAAAGAAAAUGUGUAAGGUUAAGUGACUUUUUAAAAAGUUCUGACCAGAGGCUCAGAAUUGAGAGAACAAGGUUUUUCAAAGAGAAGUUAUUUUGGGAAAGAAAACAUAAUAUAAUAUCAAAAAAACUGGAAGACGAGCGUAAGCUUAUAAACAGAGAGUGGUUUGAUAUAAGACGAUUGAGAGAAAAUUUAACAGAGUCGAGAAUAAACCGAAAUAAAUCGAGGAGCAUUUCAUCACACAGAACUUCACACCAAAUUAAACGUUUUUCGGAGAAAAAGGGCGAUGACGAUAAGACGCCGCGUACGCCACCUCCGCCAAAAGUUAACGGGAAGAAAAGAAGUGUGGAUUCGAGGAAUCAAAUUUAUGAUGGUAAAAAAGACAGGAGAAGUUCUCCGCUUACAUAUAGUUUUAACGAUGUGAGCUCCCGCAUUAAACAGGAGCAUAGGUCGUCAAGUCAAUGGUCAUCUAAUAAUUACGACAACCAGUGGAGAAUGUCUUCGGAUGUGCAUUCUGGACGAUAUCAAUAUCAAGAUACCUCAUAUAACCACCAUUAUUACAGGUCAAAUGAUUACAUGAAAUAUGAUUCUAGAAAAUAUUAGAAGUGUUGUUGUGUAUACCUUUAGAUUUAUUUCAUUUUCUUCAGUUAUCCAUAGAGUAUAUUUUUUAGGCAAUUAAUUUAAAUUUAUGUGAAUACAGUUUUUUUUUGUA